AUGAGAAACGACCUCCAAGGUUGUGCUCCACCGCGAUCAUGUGACACCCCGAACACGGAACACAGGCCUGAAGCGACUCUCACGCACUUCUCCUCCGCUACAUGGAGCCACCAGUGGGGUCGUUCUACAUCUCCCUACGUCACAAUGAUGCGCAUUGGAGCGGUCCCAGAAGUACGGGUGUGCAAGCGUAAGGUCAAGAGGCAGUCGACAAACUUGACAGUGCAGAGUGCCCUGUCCACAGAUGUCUUCCGGGUCAGAACGCUGAUCGCAUGGACCGCGAAUUGCCAAUUUUGGACACAAUUUCGGAGGCUCCUUGUCCCAAUUCAGUUUACUCAUAGCUCCACUAAACAGAUUUCACUUCUGCUGGACAGCUCUACUACCACUCAACAAUUUUUGUUUAACACCUGUGUUCUACCUAACCGAACAGAAUUGUCCAAUAGCGAUUUGACUGAAUUAUCCGGGGUCCUGGUCAAGCCAGGGCACAGCAUUAGUCUAUGUCAUCUAGUCAAAUAUGAUCUUGGUGGGCUUGCUAGGCAUAGGAAUGUCGUUCCUGAAGAAAGCGCC